GGGGCUGUUUGUUUGGCCUCUUAAUGAUCCCAUAAAGAGGAGCGUUUGGUUGACAUAUUUUUAGCUUCUUAAUCGGUCAGAUAUAACAAAAAUUGGUCUGAAUGGGAAAGAGAUAUUAAGGAGUUGGAUGGAAAUAAUUCCAUGCGAUACCCUUAUCCUAAAAAAAAAUGUCCGCCAUUUUUUUGUUUCCCCUCUUCCUAUACAUCGAAACCUCCUCUCUCAUUCUCCCUAUUUUAAAGUUGUCGUUAGCUUUCCUGCUUGCCCCCAACUUCAUCGCCGCCUCCUCCUGUCAGCCUCCGACAGCACAGCUUCCGACAACACUGCUCCGUUUCGCCCUCUUCAUCUCCUCCCUUGCCUAUUCCCUCUUUUCUGAUAUGAAUGAGUCUGAUGCUACCAAACAGCCCCUAACAUUUUCUUCAUGCAACUUCAAAACAGACAUUAGUUCUGUUUUUCCGAGGGCAGUGGAUUUGGAAAGCAAUUAUUGA